UUGUCUUGCUUGUAAUGUAUUUGAAUUUUUUUUCAGUAAUGUUACAACCAUUCGAUUAUGAUCCAAAUGAAAAGAGCAAACACAAAUUCAUGGUACAGACUAUCUUUGCACCACCCAAUGUUACGGAUAUGGAAGUUAUGUGGAAAGAUGCAAAACCAGAAGAUCUCAUGGAUUCCAAAUUAAGAUGUAUGUUUGAAAUGCCUUAUGAGAAUGAGAGAGUGAAUGACAUCGAAGCAAGCAAGGUUGUUUCGCAAGUAAGUGCACCAAAACCAGAAAGUGGUUCUGGGUCAAAACCCCUCAGCACUUCAUUGGACGAUAUUGAGAUAAGAAAAGUAUUGGAAGAAUGUAAGAGGCUUCAAGCAGAAGUGGGGAGGUUGUCAGAUGAAAACAGAAGUCUUAAAGAUGAUGGCUUGAGGCUCAGAAAAGUUGCACAGUCAGACAGUUCAGCAUUGAGCACAGGCAGCUCCGCCAUCAGAGACACUGGAUCCUCUGCUCUUCCUUCACUUCUUGUUGUAAUUGCAGCUAUUUUCAUUGGAUUCUUUCUAGGGAAAUUCAUCUUGUAGGAGAAAAAGCAUGCACUACACUCCUGUUCAUUUUUUUCUGGCCUGAAAAAGUUGUUUACCUGCCAUAUCAUUUGUUGUAUGGCCCAUAGCAACCAUGUUUUGUGUACAGCAUUCUGAAGGCUUUGCCUUUUCCAGUCUCACACGGUUAGGCCACACAGUGAAAAUUUUCUUUGUUGGUUCAAUAAAAGUUGUUCAUUGUUAACAUCUAUAGCAGGUGUAUUGAGGCUACACAUUCAAUCCUUUGUAAAAGUACAUAAGGAUAAAAUUUGUCCUCACUCUGUGGUUUUAAUAAGAGUUGAAUGAAAUGUUAAAUGUCUUGUAAAUGUUAUUUUAAUCAAUUUAGAUUUUAUCUAUUACUGGAGUACCUCUUGAUUUAUUGGAUUUAUUAUUCCCACUUGUUUGGGGAUAUUACAAGAGGAACAUUGAGGAAAUACCUCCUCAUUGUAAAUUUUCCCCUACUACACCCCCUUUCUUUGCUGAUGUCAGAGAUUGCCACGAAAUUUCUGUUUGGCAUUUGUGUCUGAAAGGUUCCUUCAUUCUUGCAGUCCUGUUCCUUGGUAUUUAACAUAAAAAGCUAAUAAAAUUGUUGAUAAGUUUA